AUGAGCAAACCUAGAAUAGAGGAAACCCAACAAGCCACUGUUACAGAUGAUACUUUACAGCAACUAUCUAAACAGUGUCAUAUUGGCUGGCCUGAUCGUCGAAAGCUAGUACCAGUUGAAAUAAGAAAGUUCUGGCCGAUGCGCGAUGAAAUCUACGAGCACGACAGACUUUUGUUUAUGGGUCACAUAUUGAUAGUACCCGCUAGCCAACAAGAGUUCAUGCUUUAUCGUAUUCAUGAUGGUCAUUUAGGCAUGGAGAAGUCGAAGGCCAGAGAGCUGUUGUACUGGCCCGGUAUUAGUUCUGGUAUUGAGUCCCUGAUAUCAAAAUGUUCUGCAUGCACAGAAUUCAAAAGGAAGAACCAGCGUGAGCCAAUGAUUCUGCAUGAGUUGCCCAAAGAACCGUUUAAUAAGGUCGGCGCUAAUAUUUUUCAUUACGCUGGUAAUGAUCACUUAAUUGUUGUGGACUAUUAUUCAAAUUAUCCGGAGGUUGUUACACUAUGCAACAAGACUGCUAAAGAUGUGAUUUGCAAACUAAAAUCGAUAUUUGCAAGACAUAGCAUUCCGGAAAAAUUCAUAAGCGAUAACAUGCCUUUUGCCAGCUGGGAAAUGAAACAGUUCGCAAAGUCAUGGGGUAAAGAAUUGAUCACAUCUAGCACCACUUAUGCCCAAAGCAAUGGUCAAGCAGAGUGA